GCAAUGCUGUUCACCGCGAGAGGGAGACUGCAGACCCCCAGGAGCUGAUGCGGGGAGCAGGCGGUGGAGCUGCGGAGCAGUCUUACCGAAUUGUUGUUAAAAUGUGCAGGAGACCUGCGGCUCCGGGAACCGUGGUGACAGCUGAACGUGAACGAGCGACAGAAGGCGGCGCCGUGGUCUCCCUCUUCAGCACUGGAGCAGGUUUGACCUUUGGUCAUUAACAACAAUGACAUCGCCUACUGCCAGUACACCUAGUGAUGGUGUGCUACCUCAUCCAGCAGGAGUAGCCGGUCUGCCCCAUGAAGUCUGGCGAGGUUCCUUCCCAUCAUCCACUACACGCCACCUCAGUCACAGAGCUAAUAACUUCAAGAGGCACCCAAAACACAGGAAACUGAUCCGACCUUCACCACCUCCACCCCCGAACACACCAUGUCCUAUUAAGUGCCUGGAUCUAACCGAGAUACCACCUCGCCGCUCCUUCCGUGAACUGCUAUUUAAUGGCUGCAUCUUGUUGGGCAUUGAAUUCAGCUACGCGAUGGAAACCGCCUAUGUAACACCCAUUCUUCUCCAGAUGGGCCUGCCAGAGCAACUCUACAGCAUGGUGUGGUUUAUCAGCCCCAUACUAGGAUUUCUGCUGCAGCCAGUGCUUGGUGCAUGGAGUGAUCGCUGCACAUCACGAUUUGGGAGACGAAGGCCUUUCAUUUUUGUUCUUUCUAUUGGUGCUCUCCUUGGUCUUUCCCUUCUGCUGAAUGGACGGGACAUUGGAGUAGCAUUGGCAGAUACUCCAACUAAUCAUAAGUGGGGUAUCAUCUUGACAGUAUGCGGAGUUGUAUUGAUGGACUUCAGUGCUGACUCUGCCGAUAACCCAAGCCAUGCCUAUAUGAUGGAUGUCUGCAGCCCUGAGGACCAGGAUCGGGGUCUGAAUAUCCAUGCACUACUGGCAGGUCUUGGCGGUGGUUUUGGAUAUGUGGUGGGGGGUAUAAACUGGGAUGGGACACAGUUUGGGAGGUCCCUUGGGGGUCAGCUGAGGGUGGUCUACCUCUUUACUGCUAUCACCCUGUCUGUAACAACAGCAUUGACCCUCACCAGCAUCCCAGAGCGCCCCCUUAUCCAGUCUCAAGGCAUGAAUCAUAAAAACAUUCUGAAGAGCCCCAACUUGGCCCUACCACCUUCACCUCCAGCUAGGCCUGGGGACGAGGACCCCUUGAACAGCAGCCCACAGCCCAGUACCUUGCAUCCACCACAGGACCUCCACACCAUUAAGCUGUAUGCCAGUCUAACGAGCCCCAUCUCACCCUUCAGCCCUCUCACUCCAAAAUAUGGAAGCUUCAUCAGCCGAGACAGUUCCCUUACUGGCAUCAAUGAAUUUGCGUCUUCAUUUGGAACUUCCUACAUUGAUAGCGUACUAAUAGACUGUUGCACUGGACCACAGGACGACAAUUAUUUAUCCAUAACUGAAGCCAUGCCUGUCCCACAUAGUGAUGCCAGUCAGAGUGGCAGCCUGCUCAGGGAUGAAAUGGAUUUCACAGGGAAUAGCAUGCAGCCCAGCCCACCUCUACUUGGUGACAAUGGAGACAGAGAAGGAUUCCUCAGUGGGAAGGUCAGUUCUGGUAUUCUGAAGAGACCCCAGACUCUAACCCUGCCAGAAGAAACAGUGUUACCAGUGAACUUUCGAACAGAAAAUGGUCGCAGGCGAACAGUCACUUUCAGACAGCAGGUGGCCAACAUCUUGCUAAAUGGAGUCCGUUAUGAUAGCUCACUGACUAGCAGCUCUGAGGUGUCUGACCGCCCUCUUUCCAUGAAGCUUCUUUGCUCUUAUAUCUGGCACAUGCCACCAGCACUUCGCCGCUUGUGUACCAAUCACUUUUUGGGUUGGUUGUCCUUUGAAGGAAUGUUGCUGUUUUACACAGAUUUUAUGGGAGAGGUGGUGUAUUCAGGGGAUCCACAAGCACCUCACGAUUCUGAUGAGUACGAGCGUUACAAUGCCGGUGUCAGCAUGGGAUGCUGGGGGAUGUGCAUCUAUGCCUUCAGUGCUGCCUUUUACUCUGCCAUCCUGGAGAAGCUAGAAGAACGGUUUUCCAUUCGCACUCUCUACUUUUUUGCUUAUCUGGUGUUUGGCCUGGGUACAGGACUGGCUACAAUAUUUACAAACCUCUACAUUCUACUGUCACUUUGUGUCACCUAUGGCAUCCUCUUCUCUUCCCUGUGCACUUUACCAUACUCCCUGCUCUGCGAGUACUACCAGAGCCAGCAGUUUGCAGGCACUGCAGAGGAUGGGACACGUCGUGGGAUGGGUAUUGACAUCUCCCUGCUCAGUUGCCAGUACUUUUUGGCCCAGAUUCUUGUCUCAAUAAUGAUGGCACCUCUCACCUCCCUGGUAGGUGGGGCCAAUGGGGUGAUGUACUUUGCUAGUCUGGUAUCCUUUCUUGGUUGCCUCUACUCAUCACUGUGUGUGAUAUAUGAGCUGCCAGAAGACGACAUCGAGACAGAAAAUGGCGAAGAUCAACCACUGCUUCUCCAAGUGUAGAUUUAUGUAUUGUGUGGGAAGCUUCAUCCAUUCUGCAGGGUCAAAGGUGCUAUAUUAACAACUAAAAUAUCAUUUUGCAAAGGAGGUGUGGUCCACUCAGGCCAUCCAAGAUUGUCCAGACUGUUCUGUACUGACAGCAUUUACAGCAGGGAUAAUGGGACAUGCAAACAUGGACUUUUUCUGUGGCUAACAGACAAACUUGCUAUUUUAAUGCACUUAACUUAUAUGCACUUUAAGGCCUGCAUCAUUUACAAGGUAGUCAGUGCAGUGUUGUUAUUCAUCGUCCUCCCCUGGUUUCACCCCCCUCAUUGUCACCAAGGUAAUGUACCAUGCAUUCUCGUCUGUAUCUUGUGUUGACUCUUUGGACUACUUGCAUACCUUCAGGAUCACAAGUUAGUCAACUAAAACCACUUCAUUAUCAAUAAAUGCUUCUCAUGACAACUUGUGUGAAAACUGACUAGGCCUUUGAAAAAGAACAUGUGAUUAGUCAGACCUUUUUUGCAAGUGCAUCUGUUCCUUUAACAUUAAUUGAAGCAAUGAAUUCUUAAAUCAGGGAACACAUAUUGAUGACUCUUGUGUAGUUCUUUUCAAUUCUGAGUAUAGAUUGACCCUGUAAAAAAGUGAUGUCAUUAAAUCUCCAACUAUUGCUUCCAUUGUCCACUAGAGGGUAGAUGUGCCACAGUGACACUCCAGAAUACCAGGCCAUUAACUGAAACUCUUGUGUUGUUUAGUCUCUUCCCAUCACCUUGUUUUUCUGUUUGCAGCAUUUUGAAAUCAGAAAUUGACAAAACUCAUUAGCUGUUACUACAGACAACACCCACCCACCAAACCGUUUUGCACUUAAGGCUCCAGCACAUUUACUUACUUCUUAUUAUCUUUUGUGGUACGAGAAACCUGCUAGAGAUUUCAAAGUGAAUAUUCAUGUGGAGCUUGACAGCAGUGAAAACCUACAUAUGCACAAAAACUAUUUCUGGCCACCUUAAAUCACUGUUUAAGUCACAAGAGUUCUUGGAUUCCUGAUCUUCAGUUAAACCACUGCGUAUGCUCACUCGCUGAAAUGGAAACAGUACUUCAGCAUUCAAAACCCAAGCCAACACAACUGAAUCACCUCAGUGUAAAAAUGUUGUACCAAACCCCCUUAACCAGAUGGUGCGCCAAGAGUACAGAACAUUCUGAAAUGAAGAGGAUGCUCUGUUUUGUUCCAUUCUUUUGCACUCGUGGCGGACAGGCUCAUAUCACAGACAACCACACUGCUCACAAGUCAGAAAACACAAGGACACCAAAUAAUAAAAAUACUCAUUUAAAUAAAAAAGAAAAAAAUUUUAUUUAUAAAUGAGAACCAGAAUAUACAAAGCAGUGACCAGCUGAAAAGGGUAUCAUUGCUCAGAAGUGCGGACAGGGUGCUGGAGAAACGCUUAGUGUGUUCCCUGUGACCGAAGGUGACCGGGCUGUGUUUCCACAGGG